AUGGAAAUUAACAAGGAUAACAACAUACAGGGCUGGAGAUGGAAGCAAAUGGAGGGUUUACCUAUUUCUAUCAAUGAAAUAAGUCAAUUAUCAGACCUUAUUAGAGCUAGAAGUCUAAAUCCCAUAAUAGGAAAGGAUUCUCUAGUAUGGGCCUCUUCCAAAACAGGCCAAUAUAAUGCUAAAGAUGGUUACAAGGUUUUAGAAAACUAUGGAGAACAGGAGGAUCAAGUAAUCCCUCAAAAACUCUAUUGGAACAGUAAGAACAUCCCAAAGAAAGAUUCCAACAAAGUGUUCUCAUCCUGGGAUGACAAUAUCAGAUGCAAUUGGAUUGGAAUCAAGAUUCCUCCUUCAUUGGGGGAAAAAACUAGUGCAAGAGCGAAUGCUAAAUGGUCUCCUCCAAAACAGGGUUGGCUCAAGUUAAACUUUGAUGGAGCCUCAAAAGGAAAUCCAGGUGCAUCUGGCAUAGAAAAUGUGAUAAGGGAUCACAAAGGGACAAUAGUUGGCAAGAUGGCCAUGCCAAUGCCACCAGAUGCUAACAAUAUAGCAGAGUUCAAAGCCUUGCACCUAGGCUUAAUAGACUAUCACAAACAUGGGAUCAAAAAUCUUAUAGUUGAGGGAGAUUCAGCGAUAGCAAUUAAAGCAAUCAAAACAAGGAGAAUUCCAAACUGGAGACUACAGGCAAUACUUGAUAGUAUUUUAGAGAAUUUGACCAAGUUAGACAAUUUUGUUUCAAAACAUGUCUAUAGAGAGGCUAAUACAGAAGCAAAUGAGCUCUCAAAAUCUGCAGCAGAAGGUAUUUCUCUACAUUGGUGGGAGGAUAACAACAAUCUUCGUGGCUUUAAUCUUUAA